CACCAGCGCAUUCACACAGGAGAGAAACCAUAUCACUGCUCAGACUGUGGGAAGAGUUUUAAUAGACUGGAGACUCUAAAACUGCAUCAGCGCAUUCACACAGGAGAGAAACCGUAUCACUGCUCAGAUUGUGGGAAGAGUUUUAAUCAUCAGAGUAAUCUCAAAAGUCACCAGCGCAUUCACACAGGAGAGAAACCGUAUCACUGCUCAGACUGUGGGAGGAGUUUUAAUCAACAGAGUCAUCUCAAAAAACACCAGCGCAUUCACACAGGAGUGAAACCAUUUCACUGCUCAGACUGUAGGAAGAGUUUUAUUACACAGAGUAAACUUAAAAUACAUCAGCGCAUUCACACAGGAGAGAAACCUUAUUACUGCUCAGACUGUGGGAAGAGCUUUAAUCGACUGGAGACUGUCAAACGGCAUCAGCGCAUUCACACAGGAGAGAAACUGCAUCACUGCUCAGACUGUGGGAAGAGUUUUACUGAACAGAGUGCUCUCAAAAUACACCAGCGCAUUCACACAGGAGAGAAACCGUAUCACUGCUCAGACUGUGGGAAGAGUUUUACUAUACAGAGUAAUCUCAAAAAUCACCAGCGCAUUCACACAGGAGAGAAACCGUAUCACUGCUCAGACUGUGGGAAGAGUUUUACUGAACAGAGUGCUCUCAAAAUACACCAGCGCAUUCACACAGGAGAGAAACCAUAUCACUGCUCAGACUGUGGGAAGAGUUUUACUAUACAGAGUAAUCUCAAAAAACACCAGCACAUUCACACAGGAGAGAAAAAUUUCCCAAAUUUGUCCCAUGGCAAUUAAAAGCGCAAAUCAUAAAUUCCACCAGAAACAAAUAUGAACUGUAUUUAACAAUGGAUUUUACAGGUUCAGCAAAACUAUUCUUAUCCAGGGAUGAUGUGUAUAGAAUUCCAUGUUAUGUUUUUAUGUCUUGUAAGUUUGAAUAUUCCAGGACAUUCUUUGUGAGACAGAGCUCAGUUUUUAGGUUAGUUACUGUUGCGCAGUAAGGUUACAGGCUCAUUCACUCCCUCUGCUGGUGUUCUUGUUUGUCUAUGGUUCAGUCCAAUUAAAAAUCUGUUACUAUAGAGGGAUAUAGAGGGAUAUUUGGUUGUGUUGUAUUACUCAAGUUUUAUACUCUCUUAUCUUUUCCUUAUUGAAUAUUAAAUGUUGCUUAUGGUUUUUUUAAUCUCCAAAGUUACUAAGAAUAUCCAAAUAAUGUCGUUUCUUAAUUGUUUUUAUCCAGUACAAACUAUUAUCUUUGUAUUACUUCACCUCUAUAUUUACCCAUGUGUGUUUUAAUAAACAGCUUUUAUAUUGCA